GUUAACCAGGAGCCUAAUGCUUCAACAGCCUCGCACUUGCAUCAGAGUGAUCCAUAUUUCGUAGCGAAAUCACGAAUGAAUAGAACAACAGGACUGCUAAUUAAUCAUAAUCAUUGGCGCACUCUAGCAUUGGUUUUUAAAGCAAUAAUGAGGAUGAAAACUAUUGUUAGCCCUGGACGAGAGCUGACAAAGCUUCACUACUGCCUCUUCCCCGAUGACUAUGAAUUCGAGAGAGAGACAUUAGUCCAGUUAUGGAUGGCUGUGGGGUUUUUAGGAGAUAUACACAUGGAAGAUGCUGGAAACUUAAGAUUUGAUGCUCUGUUAGAGGGACAGUACAUCUUACUAGCAAGGAUUGAUAUUUUGACCGGAAAAAAUAAGUACAAAGUUAAUUAUGAUAAGGUUACAAAUCUUCUAAAUGGGAUCCAAACACUCCAGAAUAAGGAUCUUCGUGCCAUGUUAGAAGAUGAAGAUGCAUCUGUGGUUGGAUCUAAGUUUUGGCAUGUCUCAGUAGUGUCUAAUCACAUUGAUCAAGCAACAUUUGAGACACUAAAGACUUUCAACGAAUUAAGGACACUUUUAUUUGUUCGUAAUUAUGGUUCUUCUCUCAAACAGAUACCAUCAGAUUUGUUUUUAGCUCUCAAGUCUAUACAAGCACUUGAUUUGAGUGGAAGCCAUAUAACUAAGCUGCCAAGUUCUAUAGGUAAUCUGAUACAAUUAAGCUACCUUGAUCUUUCAUUUACACUAAUUGAGAGUUUACCUGAAUCCAUUGAUCAACUUCAUCAACUGCAAACCUUGAAACUUGAAGGGUGUAGGCAUUUAUACAUCCUUCCUGACAGGACCGUCCCUGAGGAAGGGCAGGACGGGCGGCAGCCCUGA